AAACAACGAAAAGUGUAGGGUCGAUUGUCCUCAGACUAGCACUUGUCACUUUGUAUUGGUGAGACAAAUUAUAGAAUUUCAGUAAGUCUGUGCGUGGUAAAAUAACUUUUAAGUCAGAACAGCUAGCCAGAACAUUUAAAUAACAUUUCUGUCCUAGCAGGCAUAGAAUCACCGAUGAUCUACGGUAUUGUUACAACUUGAGAAACAUGUUUGUAAUACUAUCCUGGUAUUACAGGUCGAUUACACGCAAGCUACUAAGAAUGAGAUCAUGACAAAGAGCUGUGACUUCCUAUAGUAAACAUGACUGGACUUACGGCCACCUACUUCCUUUGAAGUCUGCUCCAAAUGUUUACAGUAUGAGGAUUAAUGAGAAAAGUUUGUCUAAAUUCGCCAGCAGCGGGGCACCUGCUGACAAGGAGGGGUACCUGCUCAAGAAGGGUGAGCUCAACAAGGGCUACCAAAAAAGAUACUUCGUUCUGAAGGGAAAUCUACUUUUCUACUAUGAGAAGCGAUAUGAAAAAGAACCCGUGGGUGUCAUCAUUUUGGAGGGUUGCACAAUUGAACUGUCUGAAAAUAUUGAUGGAUUUGCAUUUCAGAUUGUUUUUCCAAAGACAGGUUGUAGGACCUAUCACAUGGCAGCUGAUUCUCAGGAAGAAAUGGAGGCCUGGAUGAAAGUGUUGUCAUGUGCUAGUUAUGACUACAUGAAGCUGAUGGUAUCAGAACUGAAGCAGCAGCUAGAGGAACUCAAGGAGAACAGUCAACAGCAACUAUUGGAGAAUGCUAUGAGAGACAGUCACUUAGUCUCAUCUAGUUAUUCACCCGUGGAAGACAAGGAUGAAUCUCUUUCAUUAAGCACGAGUCAAAGACGUGUCAGAUUUAAUCCUUUUAAUGAUCCAACUGCUCAAAGAAAAAGUGAAAGUAAACAUUUAUAUGACUCGAUUGAUGAAGAACAUGGCCAAGUUGUGAAGGGACCACCUAAAAAGUUUUUACAGUUGCAUGAGGAAUAUGGACAACAAGUAAAGACACUAAGUGAAUUAUGGAGAGGAAGCUUCACUGAGAGACCAGCAUCUGCCUUUGAACUUACCACGACUCAUUCUUCAUGCUAGCUGAAAAUCUCAAAACAGUGUUGUCCUCUUUAUAACGAAUAUCCAACAAAUUAUUUUUUAUACAUUAUAUGAACAUAUUUUGAUAAUUAUUAAGUGUGCUUUAAGUCUGCUCUAAUGUUUCUGUAGAAGUCCCCAUUUUUUGAUAAUUAAUAUAGGGGAUACAUACUCUGAUAGAUACAGGUGCUUUUACAAAUUUAUGAUUAUCAUUCGUUAUAAUUUUACUUAGUUUUCAAUUCUCCAACAUAACAACUUUAUGAUUUAUUACUUUUAUAAAAUAAUAUAGCAGUUAUUAAAAUGACAAUCAAUUUUCAAAAGUAGAAUUUGGUUUUAAGUAUAAGUUCUUUUGUAAAACAUGACCCAAAUUUUAUUCUCACUUGGGAAUUUGACAAGUACACCCCUCCAAAAGUCUUUGUCAUCUAAAAUCAAGACAUACUGUCUCUCUGACCCAUUCAAGUGUUGUGCAUUAGAAUACAUUUUGGCAAAAAGUUAGCCUGAAACCAAGAACUUUUCUAUGUGCUUGUUUUAAAUAUGAAAAGUGCAUUUUCAACCACAGUGGCAUUUAACAAACCAAUGUACCAUAUAUGCAUGUUUGUCUAAAAAGAAAAUUCAAAUGUACUUCAAGAAAAAAGUUGGAACAUGUGAUAUCGCGAGUACCUCUCAGUUAUUUAAUUUACCACUGCUCUUUUACUACACCGGCACUUGGGGAAUAGACACCUUCCCCAUUUUCAUUUUUUUUUUACGUUGGGAUCAAAACACCUUUUUCCGAAGUGCACUAUAUGUUAUCAAGAAUGAAACCAUUUUGUCACUACCCUAUAAUCCCUAUUAACCACCCCUGCCCCUAUCAGCGCCCCUCUAGGUCUUUUUCAAUUGUCAGGUAAUAAUUAAGGGCCCCCUCUACAGUCAUCUGUGAUUAAAAUCAUCUAGAAUUGUAUCAAAAGUCUGCCAAAAUUUGAAGAAACUGAAAAUGAAACUUGUCUGUUAUCCAAUUUCUUGGUGGAAAAUGAAUCAUUUAGCAUAAUUUUGGUGGAUUAUCAUCACUUAAAGUAAAGUUGAACAUUAUUUUAGUGGUUCUUUCAAUUUAUUUUUUUUCAACAGAUUUUUAAAGUUAAAAUAUGAUAUUAAAUAUUAUAAAGAGAAUAUCA